AUGUCGGCCACUGAGGAGCAGCUGCAAAAGCUGAAGGUCACCGAGCUGAAGGAGCUCCUGGCGAAGCACGGUCUUGCACAGACUGGUAAGAAGGACGACCUUGUCAAGCGGCUGGUGGAGAACAACAUCUCCCCGGACGCGGAGGAGGAGCUAGAGGACUUGGCUGAGCCACCUGCGGAUGCUACUGGAGAGUCAUACUCUGCUGCUCCUGCUGCCCCGGCCGCUCCAUCAGGAGGGGAAUCACUUCUCACCUCGGCUGAAGAUGCGCCAGUACCAGUCGCACCCGCUGCACCGGAACUGACACCUGAACAACAAGCUAUGAAAGCCCGUGCUGAGCGAUUCGGCGUUCCCUUCAACCCGAACCCCACGCCUUCAGCCAAAUCGACCCCUGCUGUAAAGCCCGCUGCGGCACCUACGACAGAUGCCAAGCCCAAAGCAGGCGCAAUAGAUAAAGCGAGCGUAGGGAUCUCGGACGAGACGCUGGCGAAGCGAGCGGCGAGGUUCGGGCUGCCAGAGAAGAAGGCGGAGGAGCCAAAGAAGGCGGCUGCGCCUGUUUCUGCAGCCAAGCCAAAGUCGGCGGCUGCGGAGUUGACACCUGAACAAGCGGCAAAGCAGGCGGAGGACGAGGAGAAGAAGCGGAAGCGGGCGGAGAAGUUUGGUGCGGCGUCGGAAAAGCCUGCAUCGAGUGAAGCCGAGCCGGUCAGUCUUCUUCGUUAA